AUGGGGGCUGCUGCCGCAGAACCAGCAGCAGCAGCAAGACCUCAGCAGCAGCAGCAGCAGCAGCAGCAGCAGCAGGGGAAAGGCCGCAGAGUUCGUUUUCAGAAGAAUGACCCAAACAACUUCACCUUUAAGCUGCUGCCUGUGUCGCAGCAGCAGCUGCGGCAGCAAGCAGCAGCAGCAGCAGCAGCAGCAGCAGAACAGAGGCCUCGCAUGCAGCUGCAGCGGAUUAUACCCCCCAAUGCUAGAAAUAAGCACUUGCUGCUGCAGCAUUUGCUGCUGCAGCUGGCUCUGGUUGCUGUCGUGGUGGGCUUGUGCAGUAGCUUAAAGAAGAUUACGCAGAUGCAGCUGCAGCAGCAACAGCAGCAGCAGCAGCAGCAGCAGCAGCAGCAGCAGCGGGAGCCGGCCGUCACUCCGCAGCAGCCUUUGCCUGAGUAUCUGCAGCAGCAGCUGGAGCAGCUAGAACUAGAAGAGGAGACAGCGCAACAACGGGGGAGACACAUCGAGCCCGACUUGACAGGAGACUGUUACUUCCCUCAGGAUGGAUACGACUACUCCCAGCACCUCGUUGAGCAGCUGCGCCGGCUGCAGCAUCAGCAGCAGCAAAAGCAGCAGCAGCACUACCACCACGAGCAGCACGAGCAACAGCAACAGCAACAGCAGCAGCAGCAGCAGCAGCAGCAGGGCCAGGUUCUUGCUGCUAUGGAGGCGACAGAAGCUUACGAGGAGAUUGCUGACGACUUUGUUGCUUCAGCUCUCACUGACGCAGACGGCAAGCAAUGGGCGCCAGACGAGAAAGAGUUGCUGUGGGGGUCGAGGCCGCCGCUGCUGCCGCCAGCAAUAGGAGACAGGUUGUUUGGGGGGGGGAGAGAAGGAGACAGCGAGGAGACAGAAGAGAGCUGCUGCAGCUGCAGCUACAGCGAAGAAGAGGAGACAGCAGAGACACACAGAGGAGACACACGCGCCAGGCACCAGCAGCCAGAAGGCAGCGAAACGCAGGCGCAACGACUUGAGCAGCUGCUGGAGGAGUAUAGAGAGGAAUGCAUCGGCGAGCUGGACCCAGAAGAGGUAGAGGAGAGCGACUCGUUCUCUGCCUACGAAGACUGCUUCGAUGACUUUCUUAGAUCCCAAGAACGCACUGCGGCUAUGGAGACAGCUAAGCCAGCUGUCUCCUCUCGCCGGCGGCGCGGCAGCUGCUGCAGCGACAGCAGCAGCGGCAGCAGCACCAGCAGCAGCAGCAGCAACAGCAGCAGCAGCAGCAGCAACCGCAAAAAUAAAGAUGAUGGAUUUCGGCUCUGCGAAAUUGACGAUGAGCUGAGAGAGAAGACCCUGGCUCUGGCGCGGCUGCAGGAAGAAGAAGAAGCAAAAGGAGACACAAACACAAUGCAUGCAUCCCCGGCGCUCCCUGCUCGCUCUCGCCCUACUUGGGACGGAGAGACUAUAAUGAGCGCGAGGUCUGGGGUGUCUGUACAGCCCAAGGCAAUCCUCAUCGGCUCCUCUCGCGCCAGCAAGGUCUCUCUCACUCCUUUUCUAGCUUGGAGGCAAGGAGACAGAUUGUGA